AUGAACCUUGUUCAGACAAAAGGACAUGGUGCAUCGGGCAGCUUCAAAAUGAGCGCCCCGGCAGCGAAGAAAGCCGGUCCAUCCAUGGCAAAGAAAUCUUCGGUUGCAAAGCCUUCAUCGUCCAAAGCAAAAGCGAUAAUAAAGAAGAAAGCUGCGCCCGCGAAGGUCAUGAAACCGAAAGUGGCGAAACCGAAAGUGGCAAGAAAAGUUGUGAAGAAGCCGAAGGUCAAGAAAACGAUUAAGAAGAAGGCCGCCAAGAAAGUCGCUCCUGUCGGUAAGCUACGUGUGCAGAAGAAACGCGUCGCUGCGAAGACUAAAGCUCCUCGAGCAAAGAAAGUUUAG